AUGGGUGGCCACAUCCUCCAUCUGCCCUCGCCGCUGCUAAGUGUGGACUAUGACGAAGCGCGUCUGGUGGAAAAGAGUGCUUGCCACGUACUGGGGAUUGAUACAGCGCCGGUGGAAGAUAUCCUAUCCGACCUCCGCAGUAGAGAAUGGCCUAGAGGACCAUGGAUCUCAUCAGCUCGCACAAAGGUCCCGAAACUGACCAGCGAGUUUUUCAGUGUUGGCGAUUCCAAGACAAUCGUAAUCCAUCCAAGCCACCGAACGGACGCAGAGCGGCUAGGGAUAGGUGCUACUGAUGACUUGAUCCGGCUGUCCGCAGGAACGGAGCAUAUCGAUGACCUGAUCAAAGACCUGGACCAAGGCCUGGAAAAGGCUGCCGCAGUGCAUCCUUGA